AAGACUUGGGCAUUAAUUCGGGCCUGGCCGAUAUUGGAAUAAUCAUUUUCCCAAAUUAGGACGGGAUAUCCUAAAUCGGAUUGGAUUACUUGUGCCGCCAAACACAGGCUUAAAACGGUUGAGAGGUCCAGCGUCUCUGGUGUCCGAUUCUACAAAAUUGACUUUAUUCCGAUUAGCUCCCAGCUCGAAGAAGGCGCAAAAGAAUCUCUCCUUCAGCUGCUCUUCAUCGUCGAUAAUGACUCGCGGAAACCAAAGGGAGCGCGAUCGUGAAAGAGCUCAGGCUCGGGCCCCCGGAAAGGGCAAGGGCAAGGACGACGGAUUGACACCUGAACAGCGCCGUGAAAGGGACGCGAAAGCACUGCAAGAGAAGGCGGCGAAGAAGGCUGCGCAGGCUGCGGGGGCAGGGCAGUCGGGAGGUAAAGGAAACAAUGAUAAGAAAUAAGCAGAAGUUUGUUCGUUAGUUAUGUUACUUGGGUUUCUCCCCUAUAAGAUUCUUUUGACUGUAAUUGUGGUGUUAAAUUUAGGAUUUAUCUCUGAUUAAUAAUUUGAAGUGGAUUUGAGAGAUUUCAUGGGUUAUUGUUGUUUGAAACCUAUAUAUUUGUUGGAUAUCAUAUGAUGUCUUAUUUAAGAAUCUCUAAUGUUUGAGUUGGUGUUAAUUGAUUGUAGUGAAUGUGAUUGACUUAUUUAUAGCA